UUGCGUUAGAAGGGCGGGUCGCGAAGGACGAUACGGAAGCCGAGAGGGGCAGGCUGCCCUGCCGCUCCGUAGCGGGGACCGGGAGGCAAGAUGGUCUACAUCUCGAACGGACAAGUGUUGGACAGCCGGAGUCAGUCUCCAUGGAGAUUAUCUUUGAUAACAGAUUUCUUCUGGGGAAUAGCAGAAUUUGUGGUUUUGUUUUUCAAAACUUUGCUUCAGCAAGAUGUGAAAAGAGGAAGAGGCUACGGAAACUCGUCUGACUCCAGAUACGAUGACGGAAGAGGGCCACCAGGAAACCCUCCCCGAAGAAUGGGUCGAAUCAAUCAUCUGCGUGGCCCCAGCCCUCCUCCUAUGGCUGGUGGAUGAGGAAGGUAA